AUCGCAAUCGCGUUCAGCUUCGCGCCGAGAGCUCGCCGGUCCUUCCCCACGGUCCCUCUCGGUCGCUUCCCCACCUUACGACUUCACCAUCAGCCGACGGCGACGGCCGCCGUCGUCCGCAGUAACACCGAAUCCGUUCGCGUAUUCGCAUUAAAUUCAAAUCCGCGCGGUGUGCGUGCCUGUCCGCCCGUCCGUCUCCCCACGUCCCGAGCACGCCGUUCCUCGCGAGGGAUUUUCAAACAUCGCCGCGCGCGCGCGCGUACGAUCGUGCGCGAUCGUGGUCCCCGUCGUUGUCCGAUAGUUAGUCCUACGGCAGGGUGUCAUCGGGAGAGGAGAUGCCCAUCGUCCGCGUCGCGCUCGACUCGUACGCAUCGAAGAAACGGAGAUAACGUGUGAUUUGCGCGCGCCCAGAAGUUUCAGCGGAUAAAGAAUUGACGGUCGAGAAAUUGCGGGACCAAGUGCGAUCACGGCGUAACACGCGGAAGGCCGACUGUUUUCAACGCGCUGCAAAGAUCGUCGCACGAGGAUUGCCGUCUUCUCUGACAGUGUUUGGUGGUGCAGUGAUUAUACGGAAAUUAAUGCGUACGGAAUCACACGGAAGCGAUAGAGAAAACAACUGCCGGAAAUCGUACGCGGCGAGAAGAGGCAUCCGAUCCAUCGAAUCUAUCUCCCCUCGCUUCCUUGCCGCAGGGCCGAUCGCGCGCGCCGUGUGCAUCUUACGUGUGCGCGCUUAGCACAUUAGACGACCCGUUCGUCAUCGUGUGAUGAUGCUGAAGAUCUCACCGGCCGCAGCGAUGGAACCAUGAAGACCGUGACAGAUCGCACAUCCAAUCGAAGUUCGACUUCCGCCGACCAUAAAUGACUGAUGUGACGCAACCAGUCAGGAAUAUUUUUAUGCAAAAUGACUCGCGCCCUUGUCCUUCUCUGCAUGGCCAUCUUACUACCUCUCGUACGAUGCCACAAGAUCCACGAGCACAUGACAAGGGAAGAGAUGCUAUCGGUGUUUUACACGGGACACGAGUCAGUGCCGCCGUACGAAGUCGUGCCCGUGUUGCAUACGAUCGUGCACAAGAGGAGCGUGGACGCGAAGCCGCAGAUCCACUUAAGGGCCUUCGGCAAAGAUAUCAGCCUCUCAUUGAAGCCCACGGAAGGACUGCUGACGGCAAACAGCCUCCCGAUGUGGACCGUCACCAAAAACACGUCGCAACCUGACGGCCUUCAUUACGAGAGGGUGAAGGAUGUCAACGUGGAUAUCGGUGACAUCUAUCAAGACACGGAGAACAUGGCUUCAAUUCUGCUGCACCACGACACAACUGGGAAAGUGCGCAUUGACGGAACCAUCGGUUCAGAAUUGAUCAUUCGACCACUGCCAGAACGGGUUCUACAAGAAGUGGUGAAUAAAACGCCAGCACUUCACGAAUCCAAAUUACUGCCUAAUGUUACCAGAAAUGAAGGUCUGAAGCACACAAGCCAUCACAUUGUUUUUAAAAAAGUGGAUCAACCUGCCGGCGACGAGUACAACGACUUUUUGCUUAUGGAACCCGACCACUUAGCCAAGAGGUUUAGAAUUAAGCGCUCGAUCAAUAACAGAUCGAAGCGUGAAGCACCGUACGUCAUUUACCCGGAAAUCCUUUGUAUUGUGGAUUAUGAUGGGUACAGAUUGCACGGCGGCGAUAACGUGCAGAUAAAGAGAUACUUCGUGUCCUUUUGGAAUGGAGUGGAUCUGAGGUAUAAAUUACUCAAGGGGCCGAAAAUACGUAUCAGUAUAGCGGGGAUAAUUAUUUCACGGGGACGAGACGCGACGCCGUACCUAGAAAGGAAUCGCGUGGGAAGAGAUGCGAUCGACUCAGCAGCCGCGCUGACUGACAUGGGCAAAUAUCUUUUCCGGGAGAGGAGACUUCCUGUAUACGACAUCGCUGUCGCCGUUACAAAAUUAGAUAUGUGCAGGAGGCAAUACGCGAAUGAUGUGUGCAAUAGAGGAACCGCAGGAUUCGCGUACGUCGGCGGGGCGUGCGUGGUGAAUAAACGUCUCGAGAAGGUGAAUUCAGUCGCUAUUAUCGAAGAUACCGGUGGAUUCAGCGGUAUCAUCGUUGCCGCACACGAAGUCGGUCACUUAUUGGGCGCCGUCCACGAUGGUUCGCCGCCGCCCAGCUAUUUGGGUGGACCGGGCGCCGAAAAGUGCCGUUGGGAAGACGGAUACAUCAUGAGCGAUCUUAGGCACACCGAGAAGGGCUUCAAGUGGUCUCACUGCAGUGUGUCCUCCUUCCAUCAUUUUUUAAAUGGUGAUACAGCAACCUGCUUAUACAACGCGCCACACGAAGACGAGGCACUGCCCAGAGUGCUUCCCGGAAAACUGUUAUCCUUAGACGCGCAAUGCCGGAAGGAUCGCGGAACAAGCGCUUGUUUCAAAGACGAUCGGGUUUGCGCUCAGCUGUUUUGUUUCGACGCUGGAUCCGGAUACUGCGUGGCGUAUCGUCCGGCAGCCGAAGGCUCGCCUUGCGGGGACGGUCAGUACUGCCUGAACGGAAAGUGCGUGGUGGAGCACGAGAACAUAAUACCGGACUACACGCAAAACAUUCCGACGUAUGUGCGCCGAGACAGCAUAUUCAAUCCUGCGUUGCACAAUCGGCCGAUAUUCGCACAGUACAACAACACAGACUACAGGUACCCAUGGGACUCAACGACACACAGCACGCCGUUAUCGAACGUAGUUACGUCGACACCGGCGACGGCGGCGACGACGAUAACGACGUCGAUAACGACUAAUUCUUACAAACGCGUCACACCGUUCUUAAACACGUCCAAGUACACACUGACGACCGUGAAUAGCUUAUACGAUCGAUACAAAACUAAAUACUAUAAUAGUAGCAGUAGUGAUAAUGAUAACGAUAAGGGAGGCAGUGGUGGUGGCGGCAGCGUCAGCACGACCACCAAAAGAAGCUUCAAUUUCUUCAACUCGUACACCGUCGGUACCGCUUCGAAGGUCACUUACGGUCCGAAAGUUAGUCCGUUCAAGUAUAAGAGCACGGUCGCCGCGGUGUCGUGGUCCACGACGACCAAAGGAUACCAAAACGGCCAUCUAAAUGACGGCCGCGGAACAGAGGCCGGUGAAUGCACGGAUGUGGGGUCAGAUUGCGCGGAGCUGAUUGACAGGCUGAGAACAUGGCUGUGCCAUCUACAAUCUGUGAAGAGUCGCUGCUGCGCGUCCCUGAAAGCGAUUUGUGCUGAUUAAUAAUGACAUAAAAAAAGGAAAAAAAAGGUCGGUCCGAUAGUUUGGUUCGGUGACGUCGCGCACAAACGCCCGCCACGAAUAUUAUUGUCAAGCGUCAUAACGCAUCCGGAAAAGCGCCGCAGCGACAAGAGACAAGGGAUUCUCCUUGUGCAAUCCUUCGCGCGACAAACGCGUUCCAUAUUUGAUCCUCCAAGUAGUUACGUAUCUCAUACCUCCAGAAAGAAAUUGUACAGUAACACGCGGGAGCUUCGCACAACACCACCGAAUGUAGUGAAUCCGAAAAAGAGCAGAGCGAAUUUUUGUCAAUCGAGUACAGCAUUUCGGCUGCGUUUGUGCUUAUGCGAUAAGGAACGAUCUCGCGAAAGGACUCGUUACGGCACAGGUGCGUCAUACGCGUGUUUCGCAAGCGUAAGCGCGCAUACGCGCGCAUAGAGCCAUUUGGAAAUCACGGAAAUUGUAUAGCGCAAGACAAUAAAUGGGAAUGAUUAAACUUU